CCAUGAAGGAGCCCCGGCAUCGUAAGGACAACCGGCGUCCGGACCUGGAGAUCUACAAGCCGGGCCUCUCCCGCCUGAGGAGCAAGCCCGGCCCGGCGAAGCAGGAGCUUCCGAGGACGGAGGGCCCCAAGGAGGAGAACCCGGGCCCCAGGGAGGAGGCCCUGCCCUCCCAGCCCCCGCCCGAAGACCAGCCCCCCAACGGCUUCCUGGAAGGCGGCGGCUCCUCCUCGCAGGGCCGUGGGGGGAACCCCGAAGACUGGUGCCCGCGCAUCAUCCGGCGGGCCAAGAAGCCCGACCAGCAGAUCUACCAGCCUGGCAAACGCCUGCAGGCCUCGCCCCGAGAGGCGGGGGCUGCCCCCCUGGGAGAGGAGGAGCUGCCCGCGAAGGAGGAGAGGGGGGCAGAGUCCGAGAAGGAGGCCGGGGGCCCCGGCAGCGGCCCCAGGAAGCCAGGCGACCAGGACGGAGGGCAGCUGAGCCAGGAAGGGGCCAAGCCAGGGAGGGGGGAGAAGGGCCGGCGGGCCGAGCGGCCCCGGAGGGCCCGUGAUGACCUCGGCCAGGGCAAGGGCAGCCCCCCCAAGCGCUACUCCCGGUCGGACAAGCGUCGGAGCCGCUACCGCACCUGCAGCACCAGCUCGGCCGGCAGCAACAAUAGCACAGAGGGGCUCCCGGGGGAGGCGGAGGUGAGGAGGAAGGCCCCGGAAAGGCCCCGCCCACAGAAGCAGCUCUCCGCCUCCUCCACCGACUCCCUGGAAGAGGACAGGGCCGAGGAGGCCCCAGAGGCCAGGAGGGGCCCUGAGCACGGCCGGCUUGGCCGGGGCCUGGACCCCAGAGCAGCCCAGGGGGGCAGCAGGGCCUCCGCGGCCUCCCAGCCCGACUGGCGAAAGGGCGGCAGGCCCUCCGGGGCCACCCCCAGGGACCCCGCGGAAGCCGGGGAAGGGAAGCCCCAGAACCGGGGCCGAGGCAUCCUGGUGCUGCCAGCCAACACGGACCUGACCCCCAGUGGCACAGGGUCCCCCGAAGCCCCCCAUGGAGGAGGGGCCCGGCUCCUCUUCGGCAGCGGCAAAGGCCCUCGUGGCUGGAGCCGGGGGGGCACGUCCCGUCGGCUCUGGGACCCCAACAACCCGGACCAGAAGCCGGCGCUGAAGAGCCCCGGGGCCCAGCUGCAUUUCCUGGACACGGACGAUGAGGG